AUGGACUCCCAUACAGAGCUCAACAGAGCACAGAGGAGACAGGCUUUAGAGGAGGUGAAGAGACGUCUGACGAUGGAGAGGCUGGCGGCAUUGAGGGCGUCGAUCCCUGCCAUCCCAUUGGCCAACGAUUUUGAUAUUGUGGAGACUGCGAGGCAAGAAGAAGAGGAGGAUAACUUUUUAGAUACUUUUGCAGAGGAAGAGGAGGAAGAGGGCUGCACAUAUGAUUACUGCCACGCACCACUUUUGAGGCUGCAGAAAGCUGUGAAAGAGAGGGAUGAGGCCCUGACCAAGAGAAGUGAGACCAUCAUAUCCAUUAAAGAGGACAACCUGAAGCUCAUCUCUGAGCUGCAUAGAGUGAGGAAGAGGUACCAGCUACUGAAAAGGCAGAUGGGGAUUCUCAGGGUUCCGGCAAAGGAGAGGUCGGCAAAGAGGUCCCUCAGCUUUCAGGCCGAGGCAGACACAGCCCAAGAGGAGCUGCAGCUGGACCAAGUGACAGGUUCAGGGGACCAGACAGAGGAGGCUACAGCGUCCGGAUCUGGCAGCAUACUUAUCUUCCCGGGCUCUUCCAUUAGUAAGUACUGUUUCUUUAAAUAGUGGCAAGUGUUUGUGUUGGAAAGUUUUUUUUUUAAACAGCCUGACUGAUUCAUGUUGCCUCAUGAGAUUGUAAUUCUCUUCUAAAAUCUUAUGUUUCUUUGACAGGUGUGUUUCUUGAGGGAUUCAGGAAGACCUGUGAGGGACCCAAUCCAAAUUAUAAACUAAGGGAAAAUUGUGCCAGAAUGAUCAAAAGGGUGACGCAAUUUUUUAACUACAUGGCGAAGGAUGAGACCUACCAGUCCAAUCUCCUUUUCCUCACUAACCAUGACAAAAUCAGGGGAUAAGCAGAGUUCUUUCUUUUUAGUCUCAGCAGCGUUCAUUAACAAUGCAGUAAUUGAUUGUAUGAUGUGUGUGUGUGUGUUUGUGUGUGUAUUUUUUUUUGAUGGGUUCAAUCCCUCCAAAAGACAAAGGCAAUCACCACAGUCAACCACUACACCUUGACUGUCGGCGCCUUUCUUAAAUAUGCCGAGGAGACCCCUCCACCUGCAUGCCGGCUGACGAAAAAUCAAUGGAAGGGGAUCAACCGGUUGAUGAAGGGGAUCAACAAGUCCAUGAAACGCCCAGUUUCCAUUCACCAGGUAAAGGUUAAAGACAGCAAAGAAGCCAAGGGGGUUUCCAGAAAGACCCUGCUGGAGUGCCAGUCUCUUGCCAAGGCCAAGAUCCCAGAAGUGCUGAGUAAGUGUUUCUAAAUCUGUGAUGUCACUGUUAUUACACACUUAUAAACGUCAGACAUGUAUAGCGUGCAGUGUGAAGAUGCCUGUUAUUAUUUUCAUGUCCCCACAGAAACCUUGGAAGAAACAAGGACACAGAGAAAUCAGUACCAGUUUUAUGGAUACCUGUGUGUCUAUUUUACCUCCAUAUACGGCCAUAGACCGGGCCUGUAUAAGAACAUGUUGGUGAAGGAGGCAAAAUGUGACCAGUCUGGGAUGUAUCUCAUCAGGUGUAAGUCUAUAAAUGUACACCUGAAUGUGUUUAUUUGUUGGUUUUGUUGGUUGGUUGGUUGUUUUUGGAAACAAUUGCAGUCGCCUGCGUCAUUUGUGUGUUUUUGUGUGUGUUUAUUCUGUUCAAUUUCUAAUAGGGGAACACAAAACGAAUAGAGACCAUGGCAUGGUCCAGAUGUCGCUGACAAAGGAUGAGUACACUUGGUUUACAGACUUCCUCAAAUUCAAACACUGCCUCCCAGGGGGAAAGAAGUCCCAGCACUUAUUUUUCAAUUCCACAAACACUCAGCUGAAGAACCUGCCUGCCUACCUGAGGGAGGUGUGGAAGGAGAUGGGUCUGCCUGAAACUCCUUCCUUCACUGACCUGCGGACCUCCAUUGUCACUCAUGUAAGUCAGAUUAGAUAUGAAUAGAAGUAUUGUAAGAUCCUAUUCCACUGUUGUCUGAAAUAAUAUCAAUACAUUAUUUUAUUUUUUGUGUGUGUGUGGGUCUUUUUUGCUUGUGUCUUACAGGUCAAAAACAUGCUCCCGAAGGCUGACAGGGAAAGGGUGGCCAACUUCAUGUGCCACGACAUCCAGACGGCAGACAAAUUUAUGCCAUCAAUUUAAAUCCGGCCCAAGCCAGUGAAACCAGGGCACUCUUCCAGGCAGCAUUAAAGGGAGAAGAUACCUCUGUCGCCGCCGAGAACCAGGCCUCUUCAAAAAAUAAGCGGAAGGCGAGAGAGGAGGACUCCCUCUCCGAGGGGAGCACCACCCCCGAAGAGACCAAGGUGAUGUACCAGGAGUCUGGCACGUCCUCCAGGGACUCGGAGGAGGAAGAGGUCAAGGAUGAGGAACAGACGGCCAGACAACCUGUGGUAAGGUCAGCUAUUCCGACACCACACAUUACAUUACCAAAAUGUGCUUGUACACCAUGUAACAGUCAAACGUGCAUUUUUGUAUAUAUAUAUAUAUAUAUAUAUAUAUAUAUAUAUAUACAUAUAUACAUACAGUGGGGAGAACAAGUAUUUGAUACACUGCCGAUUUUGCAGGUUUUCCUACUUACAAAGCAUGUAGAGGUCUGUAAUUUUUUAUCAUAGGUACACUUCAACUGUGAGAGACGGAAUCUAAAACAAAAAUCCAGAAAAUCACAUUGUAUGAUUUUUAAGUAAUUAAUUUGCAUUUUAUUGCAUGACAUAAGUAUUUGAUACAUCAGAAAAGCAGAACUUAAUAUUUGGUACAGAAACCUUUGUUUGCAAUUACAGAGAUCAUAUGUUUCCUGUAGGUCUUGACCAGGUUUGCACACACUGCAGCAGGGAUUUUGGCCCACUCCUCCAUACAGACCUUCUCCAGAUCCUUCAGGUUUCGGGGCUGUCGACGGGGCAAUACGGACUUUCAGCUUCCUCCAAAUAUUUUCUAUUGGGUUCAGGUCUGGAGACUGGCUAGGCCACUCCAGGACCUUGAGAUGCUUCUUACGGAGCCACUCCUUAGUUGCCCUGGCUGUGUGUUUCGGGUCGUUGUCAUGCUGGAAGAGCCAGCUACGACCCAUCUUCAAUGCUCUUACUGAGGGAAGGAGGUUGUUGGCCAAGAUCUCGCGAUACAUGGCCCCAUCCAUCCUCCCCUCAAUACGGUGCAGUCGUCCUGUCCCCUUUGCAGAAAAGCAUCCCCAAAGAAUGAUGUUUCCAACUCCAUGCUUCACGGUUGGGAUGGGUGUUCUUGGGGUUGUACUCAUCCUUCUUCUUCCUCCAAAACACAGCGAGUGGAGUUUAGACCAAAAAGCUAUUUUUUUGUCUCAUCAGACCACACGACCUUCUCCCAUUCCUCCUCUGGAUCAUCCAGAUGGUCAUUGGCAAACUUCAGACGGGCCUGGACAUGCGCUGGCUUGAGCAGGGGAACCUUGCGUGUGCUGCAGGAUUUUAAUCCAUGACGGCGUAGUGUGUUACUAAUGGUUUUCUUUGAGACUGUGGUCCCAGCUCUCUUCAGGUCAUUGACCAGGUCCUGCCGUGUAGAUCUGGGCUGAUCCCUCACCUUCCUCAUGGUCAUUGAUGCCCCACGAGGUGAGAUCUUGCAUGGAGCCCCAGACCGAGGGUGAUUGACCGUCAUCUUGAACUUCUUCCAUUUUCUAAUAGUUGUGCCAACAGUUGUUGCCUUCUCACCAAGCUGCUUGCCUAUUGUCCUGUAGCCCAUCCCAGCCUUGUGCAGGUCUACAAUUUUAUCCCUGAUGUCCUUACACAGCUCUCUGGUCUUGGCCAUUGUGGAGAGGUUGGAGUCUGUUUGAUUGAGUGUGUGGACAGGUGUCUUUUAUACAGGUAACGAGUUCAAACAGGUGCAGUUAAUACAGGUAAUGAGUGGAGAACAGGAGGGCUUCUUAAAGAAAAACUAACAGGUCUGUGAGAGCCGGAAUUCUUACUGGUUGGUAGGUGAUCAAAUACUUAUGUCAUGCAAUAAAAUGCAAAUUAAUUACUUAAAAAUCAUACAAUGUGAUUUUCUGGAUUUUUGUUUUAGAUUCCGUCUCUCACAGUUGAAGUGUACCUAUGAUAAAAAUACAGACCUCUACAUGCUUUGUAAGUAGGAAAACCUGCAAAAUCGGCAGUGUAUCAAAUACUUGUUCUCCCCACUGUAUAUAUAUAUAUAUAUGUUCUCUUCUGUGUUUGCUGUGCCUGCAGACACCCUCCAAGUUGACCAUGCCUGAGCUGGAGCAGUACCAUACCCCGAGCAAGAAGCAGCUGAUCCGCAGGCGCCGCAUGGUGGUCGCCGUCAGCCCCCUGCUAGUCUCACCCAUCAAAUUGAAGAGCAAGUCGCCCCUCACCUCCCCCAUUGUCACGAUGCAAGGUAUGCAGCAGGUGAAUUCUAAUAAAGACCGACUCAAAGAAGCCAUUGCCUCAAGGAGGAGGAAGAUGGAUGAGAAGGUGCACAAGGAAAGAGGGGAGCCCUCUGGCAGCCAGAAGGAAGGGGAGCCGACCCACUUCAAGACUCAACAAGGGGAGGAAGGAAACAGCAGCACCUCUUAA